GUGUUGCAGAUGUGGCUUGCAUGUGGCACGAAUCUACACUGGCUGGCAGGUUUGCGGCACCUUCGGGUAAAUAUUUCCUGCAUCUCCAACGUCGUGCUGUGAUAGAGCAAUGAGCUUCCACAUUGGAGGCCAAAACCCGGGGAAGUGGAGAAGACAUGUUCAUUUGAUAAUCACCGAUGACGUCGGGGCACCAUGCGGCUCAGGAAACUUUCUCUGGCAUCUCUCCCCUCUUUAUCUCCCUUAAGUCGUUCCCAUAGUUUGUAAACCCACUCUACUCAGAUUCAUCAACAAAAUCGACGAAAUGGCAAACAUUCCGAAAUCAGACAAUGUCGUGCGCGUCAAGCUGGUCGAUACGACAACUGCCAUGGUUGGCGUGGCCGAGUCCUUCGUUCAGCCGGUCGCGAAGGGGCAUGAAGUCAUCAACUUUUGCUCGCUAGCUUUCCUCCUCGAACAUGAGAAACUCGGAAAGAAGGCAAUGUUCGAUCUCGGCGUCCGAAAAGACUACUGGAACUUACCUAAAGGCGCCCAACAAGGAGUGCUGGGGCCAGAUAGCGUGAUCUUUGGCAUGAGCGUGCCAAAGGGCAUUGAUGAGGUGUUGGCGGAUGGAGGAGUAGAUCCAAAGUCGAUUGACUACUGCAUCUGGUCUCACGCCCAUUUUGACCACCGCGGAGAUGUGUCGGUCUUUCCUAAAUCAACAACGCUGGUUACUGGGCCUGGAUACUUCUCAUCCAAAGGCAGACCCGGGGGAAGAGAUGAUCCACAGGCGGCAGCAGAGUUUGAAGGCCGGCCACUCGAGGAAGCCAACUUCGACAAAGGCCUGAUGGUGGGCAAGUUCAAAGCCCAAGACUUCUUCGGCGAUGGUUCCUUCUACCUGCUUGAGGCUCCGGGACACCAGCCAGAACACAUUUGCGGUCUCGCCCGGACGACGCCGUCUUCGUCCCCCGAGGGAGCCACCUUUGUCUUUCUCGGCGGCGAUAUCUGCCAUUUCGCGGGCGUCUUCCGGCCGUCGGAAGAGACCCCGCUCCCGGACGGGAUUCCCGCUUCGGCCAUUGCAUUGCGCAGAGAUUGGGCGUCCAAGGCCGUGUGCCCAUGCUCUCACUUUACUCCCCACCACCCUAACGCGUUAGACGGGAAAUCGGCGUUGACCACGCCCUGGUAUGAGCUACCUCGCGGAGGUAAACACCCUGUCUAUACAGACAUUGACCUGGCCACCGAGUCGGUUGCAAAGAUGCGUGAGCUGGAUAUUAAGGACAAUGUGAUGGUCUGCAUCGCACACGACGCAAGUCUGCUGGACGUGUUGCCGGUCUUCAACAAGCAGCCGGAUAGAGAUAUCAAUGACUGGAAGACUAAUGGAUGGAAGGCGACGACGUACUGGAGUUGGUUGAAUGAGGUGUCGGUAGACGGUAAGACACCACAUGAGCCGGUGGUGGAAGGCUUUUGGAGGGACGGUAAGAAGUGGGAUUAUGCGGGACACUUGGAAACUCUCAAAUGAG